GAUAUAGCAAUAUUUUGCUCUCUCCAUUUCUGAUUGUGACCGUGGCUGCUGCCUUCUCUUUAAUUUAUGUUGCAGGGACUCCAAACUGCGUCUCCCCCUGUGAUCCUGGACUCCGGAUACAAUUAGCAAAAAUUACAAAGGUGUAUUUGGAAGUUACAGAAACUAGACAAAUCAACAGUCACAUUGCCGGUGAAGCCAGACGAGGAAGCAGUUUAAGCUGUGAAUUUCUUCUUCACCCCACAUAGAACAGUGACGACCAUCAUUUUUGUCUUCACCAUAGAGAGAUGCUUUGUGAACAAGUAUCCUGGAGCACAAUGGAAAAGUUUUAAUACAAGACAUCAGAAAAAAGUGCUGCAAUGUCUAGUGUGCUGAGGGGAAAAAGGGAGACUUACAACUGCAUCUUGAAACACUCUCAGAUGAUUUGAGAUUACAUUUUUGGAAGAUCUCAACUGGAGCUGUGGAUAAAAGAACGAAAGGAAGGGAGGCAGUGACUGAAUGGUAUUUCUUACAUUAUUUGAAAGAGAGAAGGAACUGGGGACCUGCAAACAAUCAGGCGGUUUCUGAAAAAUCUUUAUGGUAAAGGAUAAUCCACGUCUCCCUGUAGAAGAACAUAGUGAAUGAUAAUCCAGAGCAGCUGCUGGAGCAUUGUGCUCACAGGGAGAUGAUUCCUCAUGAAGUCACUGGAUCCCUUUCAGAAAUCAAAUGUGACUUUCCAUUUAUCAGACUGAAAUCAGAACCAGCCAGACAGUGAAGCAAGAACAGUGGAGGGGGGACGGCGAAAGAUGAAAUCCAACCAAGAGAGGAGCAAUGAAUGCCUGCCGCCCAAAAAGCGAGAAAUCCCCACCACCAGCCUGCCCUCCGAGGUGAAGCCAGUGGUCCUGCCGAACGAAAACCACCGCACGGACAACUUAACAUGGCUCUCCAGUAUGCCCAGCAGCCAGAGCAGCAUGGGUGGAAGGCACCGGACUGGAGGGAGUUCAGUGGAGAUUGGCUUGCAGCAGGGUUUACACAAAGCACCGUCUACAGGAAUGGACUAUUCCCCACCGAGUGCUCCCAGGUCCGUUCCAGUCUCAACAACACUUCCCACAGUGUACUCGCCCGCACUCUCACAGUCAGGGACGCCUGUAUCCCCGGUGCAGUACACGCACCUGCAGCACACUUUCCAGUUCGUUGGGCCCCAGUACAGUGGACCAUACGCCGGAUUCAUCCCCUCCCAGUUGAUUUCCCCGACAGCCAAUUCCGCAACUUGUGCGGCAGCCUCUGCCACUGCUGUUGCAACCACUCCAUCCCAGCGUUCCCAGCUGGAGGCUUAUUCCACUUUCCUGGCCAGCAUGAGCAGCUUAAGUCAGCAGGGGCACAAAGUUGAGCAGCAUCUAGUCAGGACACCUGGAUUGAUUGCAGCAGGGUCUCCUCCACCGACCCAGCAAAACCAGUAUGUCCACAUUUCCAGCUCUCCCCAGAGCACAGUCAGAAAUGUCUCUCCUCCGACCAUCCCAGUCCAUUUGCAUCCCCACCAAACGGCGAUUCCACACACCCUCACCCUCGGCCCCUCCUCCCAAGUGGUGGUGCAGUACUCGGACUCCGGGGGCCACUUUGUCACGAGGGAUUCUACCAAGAAAGCCGAGAGCAGCAGGCUGCAGGCAAUGCAGGCGAAGGAAAUACUGAAUGGAGAGAUCGAGAAAAGCAGGAGGUACGGCCUGUCGCCCUCUGGAGAUGUGAGUCUAGUCAAAGCAGGCAAUAAACCAGCUCCUCAUCAUUAUGAGACCAGACAUGUGGUGGUGCACUCGAGUCCUGCUGAGUACAGUGCACGGGAUUCCUCAGGCAUCAGGGCUUCUGUUAUGGUUGUACCGAACAGCAGCACACCUAUUACGGAGAUGGAGGUACAGCAGGCCACCAACAGAGAAACUCCUCCCUCAGUCCUCAACGACAAGGGAAACCUGCAUUUAGGAAAGCCAGCCCACAGGUCUUAUGCUUUAUCUCCGCAACAGACUAUGGGCCACGAGGGGGUGAAAGCGGUCGCCACGCUGUCCCCCCACACUGUCAUUCAGACCACCCACAGCGCCUCAGAGCAACUCCCUGUCGGGCUGCCUGCGACAGCCUUCUAUGCCGGGACCCAGCCACCGGUAAUUGGCUAUCUGAGCAGUCAGCAGCAAGCGAUUGGUUACCCUGGAAACCUGCCACAGCACCUGGUGAUCCCUGGCACCCAGCCCCUGCUUAUACCAGUUGGCAAUGCAGAUGUUGAAUCAUCAGGAGUAGCACCUGCUAUAGUCACUUCAUCUCCCCAGUUUGCAGCAGUGCCUCAUACAUUUGUCACUACCACCAUUCCUAAGAGUGAGAAUUUCAGUGCUGAGUCGCUAGCAACCCAGCCGGCCUACCAGGCAGCCGUGGUGCAGGCCCAGAUCCACCUCCCGGUGGUGCAGUCCGUAGCUUCUCCAGCAGCAGCUCCUCCUACACUGCCUCCUUACUUCAUGAAAGGGUCAAUCAUUCAGUUGGCCAAUGGGGAGCUGAAGAAAGUAGAGGACUUAAAAACAGAAGACUUUAUACAGAGUGCAGAAAUUAGCAAUGACCUGAAAAUAGACUCCAGCACAGUGGAGAGGAUUGAAGACAGCCAUAACCCAGGCAUUGCUGUGAUACAGUUUGCAGUUGGAGAGCAUCGAGCACAGGUCAGCGUUGAAGUCUUGGUCGAAUACCCUUUUUUUGUAUUUGGACAAGGCUGGUCAUCCUGCUGCCCUGAGAGAACCAGCCACCUCUUUGAUUUGCCAUGUUCCAAACUCUCAGUUGGGGAUGUCUGCAUAUCGCUUACUCUCAAGAAUCUGAAGAAUGGCUCUAUUAAAAAGGGCCAACCCAUGGAUUCAGCUAGUAUCUUGCUGAAGCACUCAAAGAAUGACAGUCUAGCUGGAAGUAGACACAGGUAUGUGGAGCAGGAAAAUGGUAUUAAUCAGGGAAGUGCACAGAUGUUAUCUGAGAAUGGUGAACUGAAGUUUCUGGACAAAAUAGGAUUGCCUGCAGCACCUUUGCUCACCAAAACAGAACCCAGCAAGCCCACGGCGACGAGGAAGAGGAGGUGGUCGGCCCCUGAAACACGGAAACUAGAGAAAUCAGAAGAGGAACCACCUUUGACUCUUCCCAAGCCUUCUUUUAUUCCUCAGGAGGUUAAAAUUUGCAUUGAAGGUCGAUCUAACGUAGGCAAGUAAAGGCUGUUUGGGGAAAGGAAAUUAGGCUAUCCCUUGUCAUUUUUAUCCAGAUUACUGUACUGUAGACUAAAUAACCCAGUAUUUACAUGUUAUCAUCUUAUUUUAGGUUUAUGUUAUAACCUUGUUGUUAUAGUUGCAGCUGGUAUUAUGCAGGAGACAGGUGCAUAUGUUUUUCCACAAGUGUUUUGUCAGUGACUAGGUUUAUUGAGAGCUACAGAAGGGGCAGUAUCUGCUUCACGCACCCUUAGUGGAAAUGAAUGUGUUGUCAUGGCUCCUGUUUUCUGUCACCUAGUGUAGAGCAGACUCCAGCUGUUCUUUUUUCUGUGAGGUGACGAGACGGGAACUGUAGCAGAGAUAAACUGCACUGCAUGCACUGUGUGUGUUUCAGUCCCAAGGAGGGAUUGCAGCUCCCUGGCUGGGUCGUUAGGAGGUUCUCUCGCGCCAAGAGCACACUAAGAACCCAACACACACACACGAUUAAAAAAGGAUCAGACAGUCUUUGACACAUUUCACAAUCAAACCAACUCUUAGUCAAGGCUCUACAGUAUAUAUAUUUUCCCCCAUGGGGUCCGACUGCACUGAAUUUGAUUCAUAAAGUGACUGCCACGCAAAUGUUUCUUUUCGGCUUGCUAGUGCAGUUCCAUUGCCAGAGUGUAACAUUCAUUAAGGUUCUGUGCUUGCAUUGUUACACUGCUAGUUUUUCAUAAUGACAUAGCCAGGGUGAGGGAAGCCUAAAGUUCGUUGGGUCCCCUAGCUAAGGGGAAACUUCUGGUUCUGUGCAGUGUUAGAUAAAUUGAUCAGGUUAUGCCAUUGACAUUUGCUUCCACAAGGUAGACACGUACUGCCCCUUUGAGAGCGCAGACAUAAAUUGUUUGCAUUUAGGUUGCAAAUCUUUGUCUUUAACUCUAGUACUGUUUUUAGUUCAUGACGAUGGACAACUGGUGCCACUUUUUUCAAAAUUCAGUGUGACACAAGGAAUCGGACGUUGAAGAUGAACAUAGAAUGUCUUUAAGCACUUAAAAUGCUGUUCACGCUUUCUUGUCGAGCAUCCUGGUCUAACACUCAAUAAGUACUGUAUCUCACUUUAAUCUGUUUGAGGGGGAAAAAAAGAAUCUAUUCAACACUGUUAACUACAUAUGACUAUGUAGAGUUUUCUCACAAGCAAGAUGUUGGAAAUUUUAAUGUGGUUUCAAAGGGAUGAAUGUGAAUUAUUGAACUAGUAUGUGACAGUCAUUGUCCACAAAGGACUACUUAAUAGGAGGCACUUUUAAAACUUUAAUGCUUGAGAAAGAGUUAAAGGCAUAUGCGAGCUGACAGAUAAUAAAAGAAUAAGAGAGAGGAAAAAAGAAAGAGGAAAAAAAUCAUUAUUGUCCAGUGUUUUUGAAAGAUGGACUUUAAAGAAUCUUGCAAUUUGCACAUCUUGAGUUUAUCAUUUGUGUGGUAUUCCUGCAGUUUUUACCUAAUAAUGUUGUGGGGAAGGGAGGGGGACUGAGAGAGCAUAAACAAAUGUAGCAAUUAUUUACUAACCUGCCUAAGCCUAGGCCAUUUUAUAGAGUUAUGUUCCUUUUAAAGUUCAUUUUUGGUCUUUCUGCCAUAUCUGUCGCACAGAACCAGGUCCUAGCAGGACAACUCGGAGAAUUUUUCUUCAGAUAAAUUGAGAGAGUUUUCCAGAAAAGACAUCUCUAUACAUAAGCAGGAUUUUAUAAAAAAAAACGGUUAUUAUUUUAUUAUUAUUAUUAUUUGUUGUUUUAAUGACAUUUUCCAGUUGAAAUACAAUCUUGAUUUCAGAGUUUGGUACAAAACAGUAAGAGGGAAUGGUGGUUUCAGACAGCUAAGUCUUUUUUGUUCCCAGUAAUCUGAAACAAAGGUAGGGCCGGAUCCUUAGAGGUGCUGUGCACCUUUGGUUCCUGUCAACGGGAGGUGCAAGUACUAAGCACUUCAGGUGUGAGCUGAAGCCCAUUGCAUUCAAUCCCAUUGGUUUCAGUGGGUUUUGGAUUAGGCCCUCCAUGAUCAAGCCUUUAUAUUACUAUUACUUUCGUUUUGUAAUUGAGUUUGCAUCCUUCAAGUACUUUUGAAGAAGCUGUACUAAUAGGGAGAAGUAGGCUAUAAAAGUUCUUGAUUAGAGAUACAGUAUCUAAAAGGAACAAAUUCCUUAAAAAUCUCAUUUUCCCGCUCCUAAAAUACAGUAUUUCCAGCUCCUUUAUUUACAGAAAAUCUGAAAAAAAACAACCCAGCUUUUUGGUUCUUUUAUUCAUUACUUGAAAUUUAGCUCACACCAGAACUAAUUGUUUUUAUACCAUUUUCUGCGGUGCACCAAAAAGAUUUAAAUAAGUUUAAAAUAGCUUGAAACUUUUCUUGAAUUUCCUUGAAUUUCAUUAACCUCUCAGCAGGCUACCAAACAGCUGAGCAGGUUCAUUCUCAUGGUCACACUGCUUAUCUAGUGCUGUACUUUUUUUUAACGUUUCUGCUCAGAGAACUUGCUUAAUCUUCCAUAUACUCCGCUCAGGGCACUUGCAAUUUAUUGUUGUUUUGUUUGUUUUGUUUUUUGUUAUGUUUUAACCUUUGAUGGUAAGAGGAAUAGAAAGAUGUGGGCAGAAUUAGAUUUUAGUUCACAUUAGUACCACUAUAUUCAUAAUACACAUACUCAGAAAAUCUGAAAUAAAACCA